UCACUUGCCAAACAAAAAUCCUAUUUCUCUCUGCACCAUCUUUUCUCCGUUUUUCACUUCAUUUCUCCCACCCUCUCCUCUCUCGUUGCGCCUCCACACUGUUCUAUGCGCGCCCCCCUCCUCUUCCACCAACGCAACCACCGCAGUGACAACCACAACCAUUCUCCACCACCACACCACCGAGCUGGAUUCUCUCUCUUCUCUCCUACGCAUCUCCAUGCGCCGCUGGUUCAGCGGUUUCGUUGAUUAACCCCCUCCCUCCCUCUGUAAAUACACACAACCGCCGCAAAAACUCCCACUCUCUCUUCUGAUUCCAAAAGCGAUAUCGUUUCAUCACUUCCGAAAGCUAGGGUUUCGAAAACAAAUCUCCAUUUCCUAAAAAAUCUGUACAUGCUAUUCUUGUUUUUUAGGGAUUUGGAUGGCAUUGGGAGAGUUAACGGCGUCAAGAUUCUCCUCACAAUCAUCAGUUGCUUUGGUUUCCAACCAUUACGAUGAUUUUCCGUCAAGUCACGGAGACGACGCUCUUGAUUCAGCAAGAAGAGAUAAUAACAGUGAUACUAAUCAUAAUUGCAGCAGCAGCAGCAGCAAUAAUAAUAGAGAUAGAGAUUCUGAUACUGCUAGCACUAGUAAUUACGGCGGAGGCAAUGCGACGACAGGAAGUACAGCCGCGACGACGACUAGUAUGGCGUAUUUGCCUCAGAGUGCUGUUUUGAGUGAGCUUAGACAUGAGGCAUUUGAAGCUUCAGUGCCUACUGGUCCGUCUGAUAGUGGACCUGUUUCAAAAUGGCGGCCGAAGGACAGAAUGAAGACUGGAUAUGUAGCUCUAGUUUUAUGUUUAAACAUCAGUGUUGAUCCUCCGGAUGUAAUAAAGAUAUCCCCUUGUGCCAGAAUGGAAUGCUGGAUAGAUCCAUUUUCAAUGGCACCUCAAAAAGCUCUUGAAACAAUUGGAAAAAACUUAAGCAUUCAGUAUGAAAGGUGGCAACCUAAGGCCCGCUACAAGGUUCAACUUGAUCCCACAGUUGAUGAAGUGAAGAAACUUUGUAAUACAUGCCGAAAACAUGCCAAGUCCGAGAGAGUUCUGUUUCAUUACAAUGGGCAUGGUGUUCCAAAGCCAACUGCUAAUGGUGAAAUCUGGCUUUUCAAUAAGAGCUAUACACAAUAUAUUCCCUUGCCAAUCAGUGAUCUUGAUUCCUGGCUAAGGACACCAUCAAUCUAUGUUCUUGAUUGCUCUGCUGCUGGGAUGAUAGUCAAUGCAUUUCUAGAGCUUCAUGACUGGAGUGCUUCUGGCUCUGCUGGGUCCGUGAGCAAUUGCAUUCUGCUUGCAGCCUGUGAAGCACAUGAGACUUUGCCACAAAGUGAUGAAUUUCCAGCUGAUGUGUUCACUUCAUGCCUCACCACUCCUAUCAAGAUGGCAUUGAAAUGGUUUUACAGACGUUCACUUCUUUGUGACUCCCUUGACUACUCAUUAAUUGAUAAAAUUCCUGGACGGCAAAACGAUCGUAAAACACUUCUGGGAGAAUUGAACUGGAUCUUUACUGCAGUGACAGACACUAUUGCUUGGAAUGUUCUUCCCCGUGAUCUUUUUCAGAAGUUGUUCAGACAAGAUUUGUUAGUUGCCAGUCUGUUCAGAAAUUUCUUACUUGCUGAAAGAAUUAUGCGUUCGGCAAAUUGUUCUCCGAUUUCUCACCCAGUGUUGCCACCAACCCAUCAGCAUCAUAUGUGGGAUGCAUGGGAUAUGGCUGCUGAAAUUUGCCUCUCGCAGCUUCCAUCUAUGGUCGAGGACCCCAAUGCGGAAUUCCAGCCGAGUCCUUUUUUUACUGAACAACUGACGGCUUUUGAGGUGUGGUUGGACCAUGGCUCUGAACAUAAGAAGCCACCUGAGCAGUUACCUAUUGUUCUUCAGGUUCUGCUUAGUCAAAGCCAUCGUUUCCGGGCACUGGUCCUUCUGGGGAGAUUCCUUGAUAUGGGACUUUGGGCAGUAGAUCUGGCUUUAUCUGUUGGAAUAUUUCCAUAUGUUUUGAAGCUGUUGCAAACAACAACACCAGAACUAAGGCAAAUUCUUGUAUUCAUAUGGACAAAAAUUCUAGCACUUGAUAAGUCAUGCCAGGUUGACCUUGUUAAGGAUGGGGGACAUACAUAUUUUAUUAGGUUUCUCGAUAGCUUGGAAGCAUAUCCAGAACAGCGGGCAAUGGCUGCAUUUGUUUUGGCUGUUAUUGUUGAUGGGCACAGACGGGGCCAGGAAGCCUGUAUUGAAGCUGAUUUAAUUCAUGUGUGCUUGAGGCACUUACGAGGAUCAGUGCCAAUUGAUGCACAAACUGAACCUUUGUUUCUUCAGUGGCUUUGCCUCUGCCUUGGAAAGCUGUGGGAAGAUUUCACAGAGGCUCAGAUGCUAGGUUUGCAGGCUGAUGCCCCCGCCAUAUAUGCUCCUCUACUGUUGCUGCCUCAACCAGAGGUUAGGGCUUCUGCUGCAUUUGCAGUGGCCACCUUGCUUGAUGUUGGCGGUGAUGUCUGCAGAGAUGGUGUUCAUGGAGAUGAUGAGUGUGAUGAUGAUGAAAAAGUUAGAGCUGAAGUUAAUAUUAUUAGAAGUCUAUUAAGCCUUGUGUCAGAUGGAAGUCCACUGGUUAGGGCGGAGGUUGCUGUAGCUCUGGCACGCUUUGCAUUUGGCCACAAACAGCACCUCAAGUCAAUGGCUGCCUCAUAUUGGAAACCUCAGUCUAAUUCUCUGCUCAAUUCAUUACCUUCUUUGGUCCAUGUAAAAGCUACAGGUAGCGGAUACAUCAACCCAAAUCAGUAUGUGCCACAUGCAAGUAUUGUUUCAUCUCAAAUUGGCCCUUUGACAAGAGUUGGUAGUGACAACCCAUCUAUGGUUCGAGAUGGAAGGGCAUCCACUAGUAGUCCUCUUACUACAGCUGGAAUCAUGCAUGGAUCACCUUUAUCUGAUGAUUCAUCUCAGCAUUCCAAUUCUGGUAUAUUGAAUGACAUUGUCAGCAAUGGGGCAGCAAACCAUUCAAGGCCAAAGCCACUAGAUAAUGAAUUAUAUUCCCAGUGUGUACUAGCUAUGUGCACUUUGGCCAAGGAUCCUUCUCCACGCAUAGCAAGCCUUGGUCGAAGUGUACUGUCUAUUAUUGGGAUUGAGCAAGUGGUGACAAAAUCUGUAAAUUCUGCUGGUAGUAGUGGACGCCCUGGCGAUCCAAAAACUUCAUCUCCAUAUCCAAGUGUUGGUGGGAUGGCUCGUUCAUCAUCUUGGUUUGACAUGAAUGCAGGUCAUCUACCAUUCAGAACUCCUCCUGUCAGCCCUCCUAGACCAAGUUACGUAACAGGAAUGCGUAGAGUGUGUUCUUUGGAUUUCAGGCCACACCUUAUGAAUUUUCCAGAUUCAGGAUUAGCAGAUCCUCUUCUGGGUUCUGUUUCAUCUUCUGGAGGCACAGAACGCAGUUUACUUCCUCAGUCAACCAUCUACAAAUGGAGUUGUGGUCACUUCUCAAAGCCACUUCUCACUGUGCCAGAUGAUACUGAAGAAAUUUUAGCUAGAAGAGAAGAGAGGGAAAAAUUUGCACUGGAGCACAUUGCAACGUGCCAGCACUCCUCUGUUAGCAACCUUAAAAAUAGAAUUGCUAAUUUGGAUACGAAGUUUGAAACUGGUACAAAGACAGCCUUGCUGCAGCCUUUCUCCCCAAUUGUGGUUGCUGCUGAUGAGAAUGAACGGAUUAGGGUAUGGAAUUAUGAGGAAGGUAACCUUCUCAAUGGGUUUGAUAAUCAUGAUUUUCCAAACAAGGGAAUUUCUAAGCUCUGUCUUGUAAACGAGCUUGAUGACAGUUUGCUUCUUGUUGCUUCAUGUGAUGGAAAUAUACGGAUUUGGAAAGACUACACUGUGUAUGGUAAGCAAAAGCUUGUCACUGCAUUUUCUUCAAUCCAAGGUCAUAAACCCUGUGUGGGGAGUUUGAAUGCUGUUGUGGACUGGCAACAACAAUCAGGAUAUCUGUAUGCUUCUAGUGGGAUAUCAUCCAUCAUGCUGUGGGACCUGGAUAAAGAGCAGCUUAUUCAUUCCAUUCCUUCGUCUUCAGAUUGCAGCGUCUCAGCAAUGUCUGCUUCUGAAGUUCAUGGAGGUCAAUUUGCUGCUGGUUUUGUGGAUGGAUCUGUCAAACUCUAUGAUGUCCGGAUACGUGAAAUGCUUGUUUGUGCUAGUCGGCCACACACUGAGAAUGUAGUAAAAGUUGUGGGGAUUGGCUUUCAACCUGGGCUUGAUCCUGGAAAGAUUGUCAGUGCAUCUCAGGCUGGUGACAUGAAGUUCCUGGAUAUGAGAAAUCUUAUGGAUCCCUAUCUCACGAUCAAGGCCCACAGGGGCUCACUCACAGCUUUAUCUGUUCAUAGGCAUGCCCCUAUUAUUGCCAGCGGAUCAGCAAAACAAAUUAUUAAAUUAUUCAGUCUAAAUGGUGAGCAAUUAGACUCCAUUACAUACCACCUAACCAUCAUGGGCCAGAAGAUCAGUCCUGUAAGCUGCCUCACCUUCCAUCCUUACCAAGUGCUCCUUGCUGCUGGUGCUACUGAUGCUCUAUUCUCAAUCUAUGCCGAUGACAACACUCAAGCAAGAUGAAAGCAUAUUUUCUUUUACCAGUCGACUAAGUUGUCAUUUUGGCAGCGGCUGCAGCAGAAGCACACAAUGUGAUGAGCUACCACGCCAACACCUCUAUGCAGAAACAUUGAUUUGGAAUCCUGAAUCUUGUGCAACAUAUUUCAUUAGCCUCCCGUGCUGAGGGUGUGAAGUCCUGCAUAUUGCAGGAGGGUCCUAGGGCUUUGGCAAAUAAUUUUUCUAUGGGUAUGGGUAUGGCCAUAUGGGCAAAAUGUGUGUAAAUAGCUUCUUUCCUCGGCUCAUCUUCUUUUCCUUUUGGUGUGCUCAUUGAUCCUUCCAUCCCUUUGUUCAUUUGUAAAAGCAGCACUCCUUGUCUUUACAUAAUUCAGAGCGUUGCAAACAGAGGUUGCUAAUCUGGUUAUCAUCCCCUGAAACGCAGGGGUUUAACUUGCUCACGUCUUUGUAUUUUAUUAGAGGUUUAUGUUUCGAUAGUCUUUUGUUAACCAUUGUAUAACCUGUAAUUAAUUUAUCGAGCUUGCCCCAUGUAAUCCCU